AUGAACGGAUUUGCUGCACUUCUCAUUUUGCUGGGAUUCUUUUGGACUCAGACUUCUGCACUGCAAACCUUUGUCCUGCAAGAGCCUGGGCAGAGCUAUGUCGCUGGGACUAUGACGAUCCACAACGAGAAGCAGUUUGUUGAAGUUCACGUUCGUUCUGGCCUGUACUCCUCUGACACCAUUUUUGAUUACUCAAAAGGGUAUAUUGCAACAAGGCUAUUUUCACGGAAGGCCUGCUUCAUCCUGAAAAUAAAUAAGGAUUACAUCCCAGAGCUGGAAGAAAUUGGACGCCUGGCUUUUGAAAGAAAGACUAUGAAGGAAAUAUACUCUCCGAAAAAUGUGUGGGUAGAGUUUCGGUCUGGUCAUUCCCUUUUUAACAAUCUCAGAAACUGGCUUUUCUAUGGUGAACACAUCAAACAACUCUGCACUGGUCUGCCUCUCUAUAAGUUGGAAAAGACUAAACCACCACUGGAUAUUCAAGCCUGUGUCAAUGCAGGAAUUCCAAGCAUUUUGGGCAUUAAAAUCUGUGCACAAACCCAUUAG